UCUGAAAUUCCAACAUGAAGAAGUUCCUCUGAUACUCCUCUUUUUGAUCAAGUACCGCGCGGUAUUUGAUUCUCUGAUAUAUCUCUUUUUAUCAAGAACUGGUACUUGACAGAACAAAAUUUUGGUCAGUCCUAUUCGGUACUUUCAAACCUUCGAUCAAUAUUAUGGCUCAUAAUAAAGCAGCAUAUGAUCACUGGCUUAUCAUGCUAUGUGUUUUAGUAUUUGCUAGUUCAUCAUGUUCUGCUACUGAAGGUGACACACUCAUCAAGUUCAGGACUUCUCUAUCCGAUACCUCGGCACUAGAUAACUGGAAUUCUUCUACAAAACCCUGCAACGGUUCCACGAGCCAUUGGGCGGGUGUGCUUUGUAACGGCGGGAGAGUAUUCGGGCUGCAGCUGCAGAACAUGGGCCUAACUGGCCUGAUUGACAUUGACACGCUCUCUGAGUUGCCGGCCCUCAAGACCAUAAGCUUCAUGAACAACGGCUUUGGAGGUCCACUGCCCGAUGUGAAGAGACUUUCACUCAUUAGUGUCUACUUAUCCCAGAACCAAUUCUCUGGUGAUAUCCCGGAUAAUGCUUUCAGUGGCAUGGGUGAUACCUUGAAGAAAGUUUACUUGGCCAAAAAUGGAUUUACGGGGAAGAUACCGAGUUCUUUGGUUGAUUUGCCUAAGCUCAUUGAGUUGGACCUUGGGGAUAACCAGUUUAGUGGGAAGAUACCAAAUUUUCAGCCAAGGAACUGGUCGUUGUUAAAUCUGGCAAACAACAGAUUGGAUGGUCGGAUUCCGGCAUCACUAAGCAAUUUAGAUGCAGCCGAUUUUCAGGGAAACAAAGGUUUGUGUGGACCGCCUCUUGGCAAGUGCAAGUCCCCAAAGAAGCGACUCCUCGUAAUCAUAGCCAUCAUAGUCAUCUCAGUGGCUUUACUAUUGUGUGUCUUCUGGAUAAUCACAUUAAUCAGGCGCAGUCGAGCUCGUCGGACCUGUCAAGCCCAAUCGGCCCAACAGGAAAAACCCCAAAUGAAGCCGGUAGCCCGUAAAACUCUCGGAGUAUUGGAGGCCCAAUUACCUGACCUACCGGUGGAAGACGAUGAGUACAAAAAGGCAGAAAAAGGAGGGGAGUUGCAUUUUGUGAGAAAGGACAGAGAGAGGUUUGAGGUGCAAGAACUACUUAGGGCACCAGCUGAGGUUUUGGGGAGUGGGAGCUUUGGGUCGUCUUACAAGGCUGGUCUUAUGAGUGGGUCUAUGGUUGUGAAGAGGUUUAGGGAUAUGAACAGAGUUGGGAGAGAUGAUUUCUAUGAUCACAUGAGUAGGAUUGGAAGGUUGUCACACCCUAAUCUGCUCCCACUCGUUGCAUUCUAUUACAUGAAAGAAGAAAAGCUCUUGGUUCAUGACUUUGCUCUAAACGGAAGCUUGGCUAGUCAUCUCCAUGCCAAGCGAGCCCCGGGACAGCCAGGACUCGACUGGCCAACCCGCCUGAUGAUCAUAAAAGGAGUAGCAAGAGGCCUAGGCUACCUCUACAAAGAGUUCCCAGGCCUGCCUGUCCCCCACGGCCACCUGAAGUCCUCCAACGUCCUCCUCGACCACAAUCUCAACCCGGUCCUAGCCGAAUACGCCCUAAUCCCUGUCAUCAACAAAGACCACGCCCACAAGUUCAUGGUCGCCUACAAAUCCCCCGAGUACUCCCAAACCGGACGCACCUCCAAGAAGACCGACGUGUGGAGCCUCGGCAUCCUCAUCUUCGAAAUGCUGACCGGAAAGUUCCCCGCAAACUACCUCCAACAGGGCAAGAGGGCCAACGCUGACCUCGCCAGCUGGGUCAACUCGGUGGUCAGGGAGGAGUGGACCGGCGAGGUUUUCGAUAAAGACAUGAAGGGUACCAAGAAUGGAGAAGGCGAGAUGCUGAAGCUGUUGAAGAUAGGGAUGUGCUGCUGUGAGAGUAGUGUUGAAGGGAGGUGGGAUUGGAGAGAGGCGGUGGAUAAGAUCGAGGAGUUGCAGGAGAGGGACAGUGAGGAUGAAGACUACUCGUCGUACGCGAGUGAUGGGGAUGUGUACUCAUCGAGGGCUGUGACUGACGAUGACUUCUCCUUCUCGGUUGCAGCUUGAUGAAGGUUUAAAUGGUUGGAAUAUUAGGACUUGGAUUAUUAUUCUUGUUAUACAUUUGCUCGCUAAUGUGAGCUAGCUAGCUAGUUAAGGAAUAACAAUGGAAGAAGAGGACAA